CUUCCCAGCAUUAAGGAAAUUUCACCAACUUACCCAUUUAUACAUGCCAAUGAAUAGUGUAGAAUAAAAUUUAAAAUGAAGUUUCUUGUGCAUAAAUCAACUAAUCUUGCCGGAAAGUGUUUGUGGAAUUUCUUGUGAAAUAUCAUAGCUACUAAUUUAGAAGAGAGGAAAUUCAUGAACUCACUUUACUAAACAAGCAAUAAUAGGACAAUGGUUGGCCCGUCACAAAGUUCUGGUAAACCCGGUGAUUUAAUAUGUCUGUGUAUUGGUGGUCGUUUAUUUGUGACCAGAAGAGCGACACUUUAUCGAUUACCUGAUAGUCGGUUAUACUUAAUUGCUACUCAAGGAACAACUAAUCAAGAAUCAAAUUCCAAUUAUUCAGCUCAAACAAACUUAGGAGGUGACUUUGUGAAACCAGUUAAUGAGGGAUCAAGAAUAAAUUCAAACCACUUAUCACCACGUCAGACAUCUGGCAGAGUAGUGGGUAACGGACCAAAUGAAGGUGCCUUAAUUGGUGGUGCAUCUAUUCUGCCAGAGAAUAUAGCUUCUAUGCUUGCAGGAAAUAUGAAUUUACAGUCAGCUUCUUCAAUUUGUAGAAACAGAGAAUCUGGACUUGCUAAUCCUUCAUUAAAUAUUUCACAUGGAGUGGAUUUAUGCCGAUCAUUUAAUGCAUCUGUUUCCUCAACACCAAGUAACCUAUUAUCCUCAUUACCUACUCCUAUUGUAACAACACCUCCAACUGUUUACUUUUAUGACAGAGAUCCAGAAAUAUUCCGUUUCGUACUAGAUUAUUACAGAACGGGGGAAUUACACUUACCAUCAAGUAUCUGUGGUCCAUUUGUGCGUAAAGAAUUAAUAUUCUGGGGCAUUGAUGAAGCCUUGAUUGGUCCUUGUUGUAUGCCUGCUUAUAUGCGAUAUGAUGAAGAAAAACGAACAAAGAACACUUUAUUUCGUGACUGUUUUGAAGAUAUAGACUCAAUGCAAAAUCUUGUUAAAUUUUCAAGAGGCUGGAAGAAAUGGAGAUAUCAAAUGUGGUUAUUCAUGGACCACCCAACGUCUUCGCUAGCUGCCAAAAUAUGGGCAUCUGUUCUGCUUGUUUUAAUGAUCGCCUCUGUGAUGUGCUAUUGUCUAUCCACACAUGAAGUCUUCAGAACACGAUCCAGUAUUAUUCAAGCGAAUGCAGAAUUACAUCCAACAGGUUCACUCGAACCUAUAUCUCACAACGGUCAUCUUGACCAUUUAUUGCAGUCGUUGCCUACAAAGCAGCUGUCACAUCAGUCUUUAUCACAUAAAUCUACUCCACCUGAUGUGAUGAGAAAUAAACAAUUUCCACAUGCAAAUAAAACUGUUAAUGCGCCUAUAUCCAUUUGUUAUAACUCAUUAUGGCGUCCAAAUCCAAAGAUACAAAAAGAUUGUUCAACCGAACCAUCUGAAGGUCUUGUUUUCUUUGAUAUAUCGUUAAACUGUUUAUUCACACUUGAAUUCCUGCUCAAAGUUCUACUUGCACCAGAUAAGCCAAAAUUUCUUUCAUCUAUCGUUUCAAUAUUUGAUAUGGUGAUAUUAGUUAGCUAUUGGGUAUAUAUGUCAUUAUUCUAUUAUUAUUACUAUUAUCCUAAAAAGUCAGUGACAGACAGUGAGCAAAUGAAAACCGAACUCUCCGGGUAUCUGUGGCUACUGAAUAUUUUGUCGAUGACACAAGCACUAAGAAUAUUACGUGUAUUCAAAAUUUCAAAAAUUUCUCGUGGAUUAAGAGUACUCAUAUUAACAGUGAAAAAAAGUAUACCUGAACUGGUAUUACUAGGAUUUUUAAUGAUGAACGGUAUGUUUUUAUUCUCAUCAAUGAUGUAUAUAGCUGAAUAUCGCGUGAAUGACACCUUUCCUGACAUACCACAAUCAUUUUGGUGGUCAAUAAUCACACUGACUGCAGUUGGUUACGGUGACAUGCACCCUAAAGGCGGAGCAGGUUAUUUUGUUGGCUCACUGACAGCAAUAUCUGGAUGCAUUGUAACUGGUCUAGCAAUACCAAUAGUGGGGAAUAACUUUAAUACAUAUUACAAGUACAUGAAAAAUCAGCUAAUGGAAGACAAAUACUUAAAGACACUACGUAAAGACAUGGAAGCAACAGGGGGUGGCAGUGGGACAAAAUCAGGCCUCGGCGUGGCUUCAGAGAAAAGCGGUUUACCGUUACCAGGAAGGAAACCUCGCAAUAUUAAUCGUAAAACGAUUCGAGGUGAUAAAAUUACUAAGACCGAUAGCAUGAAAAAUAGCUUAUUUACCAUGAUGGAAGUAUGUGCAAGAUCUGUAAAACGAUUGUUACCAACUCGUCUGACGAGUAGAAAAAGUUGUAAGCCUAUAUGUGUGCCCAAAACAAAUACAACAGAUUCUAUGCAGCUGCUGACGGAAAAUCAAAAAUUCCCAAAUUCUUUUACUAGCAAAACAACAAUAUCUGAAGUGACUGAAAGGAAGAGCAGCUAUAAACAUCAAAAUAACCCAUCCAAUAAUCUUAUUCCGUGUAACAUAAAACUGAAUGGUGAAAAGAUAGAUAUUGAACACAGACCAAGCUUGAUCUACCCUUUGGCAACAGAUCAGCUUUUAAAUUCACUUCUACCAUCUCAGUUACCAGUAAAUUCAACACCUCAAAUAUGGGUUGAUGGAGAGGAAUUAGAUGACGCAAUAUCCUCAGCUAAUCAUGCGUGUGACAACAGAAUGUACAAUGGCACAAGUCACUUACAACCACUUUGUACUCCAUCAGCAAUAGAUAUUAGUGAAUUUGUCAAUAAUCGCACCGGAAAUCACCAGUUUUAUUCCAGAAUGUCCAUAGUUUCUGAUGAAAUAAUACCUAACUCUCUAUAUAUAUCAUCUAAUACAAAUUGUUUUACUGCACCAAAUGUUCCAGACGGUAUUCACAAUGAUUCUGAUAUUCUUUCCAGUGGAGAAGAUGGAGAUGAUGAACAUGAAGAUUCAAACUGUGAAUUUAAAGGGAUUAAAGUGAAGAAUAAAAGUCAAAACAAAUAUGAAACCAUCGUUGUACGAAGGAAGUCCACUUCACCGAAAUCCUUACUAUCACGAACAACACAACCACCUAUCAGUAACAGUAAUAUCAACAACAAUAUUCACACAAGCAGUAAUACUAUGGUCUGUAAUAAUAAACCCAUUACAAAACGAAUGAAUUAUGUGUAGUCUAUUAUUAAUUUGAUUGGGGGUCAAUGAAUUCGGUGUAUUUAUUAAGUGUGUCCACUACUGAUCUAGAAAUUCACUAGGAAGGGACAUAUAUAUCAAUGUAAACUGUGUGUAAUCGCAUAAACGAUCCUAUUUGAAAAAAUAUUCAUUGCUGAUGAAUUAUUAACAGUUACAUAUAAAAAAUUAUUUUGUAUAUGUUAUACGUGAAUUAUAAAAUAGAACAUUAAAAAACAACAACAACCUUUUGCAAAAUUAGAACAAAUGAUUAUGCUUAAUAUUAUUGCAAUUACUACUGCCACUAUUGCUGCAAUUAUCGCUAAUAUUACACAUACUAUACAUAGAUUAUCAUUCUGUUGUUCAUUUUCUCUCCUAUCGGUCUGUAUUUUCCUUGCUUUUGUUUAUUUCUUCAUCUUUACUCCUCCUUUUUGUAUUUCUGUAUUACUUAUGAACGAGUACUGAUAUGAGAUAAGUAGAUGGUUACACAGAUUCUACGAUCAUCAUUAUUAUUGUAACUGCUGCAGACAAUGCAAACAACAAUACUGUUAUUAUGAUACUAGUGCCACUAAUACUCCUAAUAAUAAAAAUGUUAUAAUUGCAAAAAUGAUAAUGGUAUUACUGAUCGUAACCAUGAUAUGCAAGAUUAUUACUCCACCGCAUUGUAAACUUAGAUUUAUGAGUCUUCAUUAGUUUACAGGUUUGAUAUAUGUUUGCACCGUUUUCCUUUAGUAGACGUCCAUAAGGAUUUUAACGAUUGUAACUAUUAGUUUAAGCAUACAAAAUUGCAAAAACCAUUUUCUUUAAGUUGUGGAAGAAUUUCGAAUGACAGUAGAUAUGUAAGAUUAUAUAUAUAUAUGUAACUUUAUUCCAAACAUCCUUGUGUGUGGUUUCGUAAUAGGAAGUUGGAAUGAAUUAAGCAA